CAGAUAAGACGAGGGGAACGUGACAUUUUCUCCACCACCAUGAUCCUGCACCUGAUAUAUGACAGCUUUGAUUUUAAAAGCUGGAUCAUUUUCUUUGUUGUUUUUCUGAUCAUUGCUGAAAUGAUCAAAAAUAGGACUCCAUCCAAUUACCCACCAGGACCCUGGCCUUUGCCAUUCCUGGGAACUGUCUUCACUAAAAUGGAUUUUAAGAACAUAAAUAAGUUGGCUAAAGUCUAUGGGAAGGUGUUCAGCUUAAGAGUGGGAAGCGAGAAAAUGAUAAUUGUGUCUGGAUAUAAAAUGGUAAAGGAGGCCCUCGUCACUCAGAAUGAUAGCUUCGUUUUGCGUCCACCAGUCCCUCUGUUUCACAAAGUUUACAAGGGAAUCGGUUUAACAAUGAGUAAUGGAUACAUCUGGCGGUCACAUAGGAGGUUUGCGGCUUCCCAUUUGCGGACUUUUGGAGAGGGGAAAAAAAACCUGGAGCUCGGCAUCCAGCAAGAGUGUGUCUAUCUUUGUGAUGCUUUUAAGGCAGAAAAGGAACCCUUCAACCCCAUAUUCAUUUUACACGGUGCUGUCUCUAAUACCGUUGCCUGUUUGACAUUUGGGCAACGCUUUGACUACAAUGACGAGUGGUACCAAGAAAUUCUGCGUCUUGACAACCAGUGUGUUCAAUUGGCAGGUUCUCCAAGAGUACAGCUGUAUAAUGCAUUUCCUAAGCUCCUGGACUAUUUGCCCGGCCCUCACCAAAAAGUAUUUUCUAACUAUAAGAAGAUUACACAGUCCUUGAAAGACGAGAUUAUUAAGCACAGAGAGGACUGGGACCCUGCAAACCCACGUGACUUUAUCGACAACUACCUGACUGAGAUGGAAAAGAAAAAGAGUGACCCUCAAGCUGGCUUUAACAUAGAAAGUUUAAUCAUUUCUUGCCUAGACAUAGUUGAGGCUGGGACAGAGACGGGUGCGACUACAUUACGCUGGGGUCUGCUUUUUAUGAUCAAGUUCCCAGAAAUACAGAAAAAAGUCCAGGCAGAGAUAGACAGAGUGAUUGGACAGUCACGUCAACCCUGCUUGGAUGACAGAGUUAAUAUGCCCUAUACUGAAGCUGUUUUACAUGAGAUUCAAAGAUUUGGGGAUGUUGUUCCACUUGGAUUCCCCAAACAAGCAGCUGUAGACACAAAAAUUGGGAACUACUUCAUUCCAAAGGGGACUUCUAUUACAACAAACCUGUCUUCGGUCCUGCAUGAUCCAAACGAAUGGGAAACCCCAGACACUUUCAACCCUGGACACUUCCUAGAUAAAAAUGGCCAGUUCCGGAAAAGAGAUGCCUUCCUGCCUUUUUCCGCAGGUAAAAGAGCUUGUGUCGGAGAGCUGCUGGCUCGUAAUGUGCUCUUCCUCUUCUUCACCUCUCUGCUGCAGCAGUUCACCCUCUCCAAAUGUCCAGGAGAGGAACCCAGUUUGGAGGGCGAGAUUUGGUUCACUUACGCUCCUGCUCCUUUUCGCAUUUCAGUCUCUGUACGUUAGAACAAAGUCAUUUAAACGGGACAGAAGUGUUUGUGUCUUAGAAACUGCAGCAGUGUUUCAGUGUUGUAGCAGUUUAAAUGUAAAUGUAUCAGUACAGUAGGGGAUUUACAGAUAUGUCGAUACAUAUUUCUUUAUAUCAUUUCUAUGUCUUAGGAAAUGCAACAGUAUUAAAGUGUUAGUAGAAGUUUUGAUUUUAAUGUUUAAAUCUGCAUGUAUCAGUACAGCAAGUGAUUUACAGAUAUGUCGAUAUAUAAUUCUCAUGUAAAUAAAUGACACGUGAAUUGAUUAUUUGUCACAUUAAAUAUCCCUUUGCACAGUGUCAUGCAAAAACUCUUUGAGUUACCAUUACUAAUAAACUAAAGUUUCAUA